AAUCAACAGAACAAACAAUCUUAUUGAUUUACCAAACAUGCCAUCCAAGAUCACCGUAGGCGUUGCCCAAGCACGCACCCACAACACCGUCGCGGAGACUCUCUCCGCCCUCAACCGCAUCACCCGUCAUGCUGCCUCCCGUGGCGUCCAUCUACUCCUCUUCCCAGAGGCCUAUCUGGGCGGAUACCCACGUACCUGCAACUUUGGCACUGCCAUUGGUGCACGUCAACCUCAUGGACGGGAACAGUUUCUGAACUACUUCCAUUCUGCCGUGGAUCUCGGGGAUACCCCCACUGGAGCAGGUGAUGACUGGGUACAGAGGAAGUUGCCCGUCGCAGAGGGCAAGAAUCAUCGCGGCGACGGCACCAGAGAAACACUCGAACGGAUUGCGAAUGAGACGGGCGUCUUCAUCGUCGUUGGCGUUAUCGAGAGAGCUGCGGGCAGUCUGUACUGUUCUGCGCUGUACGUGGAUCCUGCGAGGGGAGUGCUCGGAAAGAGAAGAAAGGUUAUGCCUACCGGAACGGAACGUCUCGUCUGGGCUCAAGGUUCCCCAUCCACCUUGAAAGCCGUGACUACUCAUCUCAACGGUGUUCCCGUGACUAUAGCAGCAGCUAUCUGUUGGGAGAACUACAUGCCCCUUCUCCGCCAGAGUCUGUAUUCACAGAACGUGAAUAUCUACCUGGCCCCUACAGCUGAUGCCCGGGAUACAUGGCUACCCCUGAUGCGGACCAUCGCAUUCGAGUCACGGGCAUAUGUACUAAGCGCAAACCAGUGCGUUCGGUAUAACGAAUUACCGGAGUGGGUGACUAGCCCAGAAGAUGAGAAAUCCAUCUCAACUGAAUACGUCUGCCGCGGUGGAUCCUCCAUCGUUGAUCCUCAAGGCCAGGUUCUUGCGGGUCCUAUCUGGGAGGUCUCCGCUGACGAUGCGUCUGAUUCUGCGGCGGAUGCCGUAGGAGACGGAUUGAUUAUCUCGGAGAUCGAUGUAGAGGACUGCGAACGGGGUAGAUUGGAUAUGGAUGUAGCGGGUCACUACUCGAGAAGUGAUGCGUUUAAGUUGACGGUGGAGGGGCUGGAUCUCAACCCACCUCCUUUUUAAGAAUGUAAAAACGGUAUAUAUGUAUUGGGUGGGAACUUGUGUUUUUUCAGUUGCAUUUAACUCUCCGUAAAUAUAUACCUAGAGUAUAAACUUGUGCAUACCCUCCAUAUCUCAUUCACUCAGCCGCUACAUCACCAGUAAGAAUAACUUGAUCUGUGAACAUUGCUAGGAUAUUAU